AUGUCACUCGAAACGUCCGGCGAGUUUCAUGUUAUUGCUCCCGUAAGAUCGGAAAAAGACACCCAAAGCACCCUUGCAUUGCAUCCAGAGUACAGCGAUAAGAACGUUCGCUUUCCUGUCGUGCCCGACCUUGGUGCAAACGGGGCAUGUGAUGAGAUAUUUAGGGAAACAGAGAUAAACUAUGUUAUUCACGCCGCAGGUCGGUUCAGAUUUGAGAAUAUCGAUCCUCAAAAGCUCAUUUACGAUAAUUACGACACGGCGAAAUCCGCAGAGAAGUUUGGGAAGUCUCUCAAGCGGUUUGUCCUCACCGGCUCCGUAAUAGUUGAAAUCACGGGCCAAAUGAAGCCGUCCACCUUUAAGGAGGAGCUUACCGAAGCCGAUAUUGUUUCCAUCCCUCUUGAGGCAGUCCGAGAAAGCGGAGAUUCCGUCGCAUGCUACGUUGCCGCCAAGGCCGAAUCUUCCUCGUUGCUCUUUGAAACAGCUUCCAAAUCCUCCGUAUCCUGGGAUGCCGUCGAACUUUUGCCUGCUGGAACGGCCGGGCCGCUUGCACACUCCAAAGAGAUACCGCCAGUACCCAUGUUCCAGAUUACAGAUGUGCGGGACGUAGCUUUAGCGCACGUCUUGGCUCUGCGUAACGAGAAGGCGAGUGGUCAACGUAUCAAUGUCGUCAACUCGGACUCGUGCUAUUCCCACCAGAUGUUGGCAAAUUUGAUCCGAUCCAAGUAUCCAGAGUUGCGGGACAAGGUGGCAGAAGGAACUCCCGAACAGUUGAUCCCAGCUGGAAUGGUGUUUUACAAAAUCUCCAAUGCAAAGUCGAAAGAAAUUUUUGGAAAUGAGUUAAAUUAUACACCGGAAAGCGACACGUAUAACGCAUAUGUAGAUCGCGUCAGGGAAGCAAUGAGGAACAGGGAUCUUGAGCUAUAG